CAAAGAUGUCUGCACAAUCAGCUUCUCCUACGAAGACAUACCACAAGGCACCCUACCCCUCAAUCGACCCCACCCGACCUGAACUCUCAGCCAAAGGAAAAAUUGUCGUAGUCACGGGAGGAGGUACUGGUAUCGGAGCUGAGACAGCAAGGUAUUUUGCAAGAGCUGGUGCGCUGCGCAUUGCAAUCCUUGGUCGGCACAAGCAACCUCUCCUCGAUACCAAAGCUACCAUUGGAGCCGAUAACCCGUUCACUGAAGUCCUUGCCAUUCCCACGGAUAUCACCAACAUAGACUCCGUCGAAGCAGCUUUCUCACACGUUGCCCGCAACUCCAAGAUCGAUAUCUUAGUCAGCAACGCUGCUGUCAUCGGCACCAAGGCGCCCAUCAUCUCACAAAUAAGUUCUUCCCUGCUCUCUGGGAUCAUCAUCAACAUCCAAGGCAAUUUCAAUGUGGCAACCGCAUUUCUCAAGCAUGCAGCUGUAGGCGGUGGUGUGAUCAUUGAGGUCAACUCCGCCGCCGCGCACCUUACCAUCGCACCGGAGUUUGCGGCUUACAACAUCGCCAAAGUCGCUACUGCACGGUUCUACAGUUCCCUCGCAUUUGAGCAUCCUGAGCUUGCCGUGUUUUCUAUUCAACCUGGUGCAAUUGAAACAGAGAUGAACAAGAAUGCAGGAUACAAAGAGAAAAAUGAAGGAGAAGAGUGGGAGUGGGCGGAAGGCGGGGGUGCGGCAGACAUCUUGAGCCAAUAUGAUGAUGUAGGUUUGCCAGCGGCUUUUAUGGUUUGGCUUGCAAGUCCUGAGGCAAGGUUCUUGAAGGGAAAAUACCUUUGGGCCAACUGGGAUGUGGAUGAACUCAAAGCACGAAGGAAGGAAAUCGAAGGGACCAAACUCCUGGAACUAGGACUCACUGGGUGGCCUUUUCAGUAG